AUGACCUCAACUUUCACUCGAAGAGUUUCAUUCAAUAAUUUAUACCCAGAUUACAUAGAUGCGGAUCAAGCAUCUCCAUUUAAACAAAACUAUGCUCUCCUGUUCAGCGGCUCCCAAUCACUUUCGCCCUCAUUUCAACUGCCUUACCAGAAUUUAGAUGUAAAUAGACUUUAUCUGUCCACUCCAGUGGCUGCACUCCCCACUGGGUAUUCCCAAAGGAGGAAAAGUACAAAGUUGCCUGAUGCUCCUUCGAAAUCCAUUUUAAAGAACAAGUUACUGCCGCAGCAAAGGCUGUUCAAUUUAGAGAACAGUAAAUCCUUGGGGAUUAAUUAUCAUGAAGAUUUGAACGAUUUAGCAUUACACCCACCUAAAAAUGUCCCCAAGAGUGAAUUAGCAUAUACUGUAAAUGAAGAUGGUUCUGUAAAUAAGUCGUCUCAGUCUGCAGUUGAAUCUGACAGUGAUGACAGCGAUGAGGAUGACUCUCCUUCCGGUUCUCCACCGGCAGUUAGAAGAAAGUCUUACUCUGGUAUGACCAAUGAGGAACUUAUGGCAUUAGACCCCCAAUUUGCUACUACUAAAUCGAAAACUUCGAACGUCGGUCAAUUUAAGUUUGAUAAUCAAAAGACUUACUACAAAGUCCCAAGUCAAUCCAGAAAAAACUCCUCAUCAAAUGGGAAUGGUAAGAACACAGUUUAUCCUUCGUCUAAUGAGAAUAACUAUAAGUCCAUAAAUUUGACAGUGAAGCACCCUGAAUUUGAAGUGGUUCCCAAUAGAACUCUUUUGACAGUAAUUUCUGGUAGAAGACAUUCAUGGAACUCUUUGGACUGGCUCUUUAAUUUGAAAACAGGUGAUUCUUUCCUUGAAAAUGGAGAUUAUUUGGUCGUAGCAGCUUUAAUUCCAGCAAAAUUUUUGAACAAUCAAAGUAAAAAGAACAAGAAGAGAAACUCUGCAGGAUCUAUAUAUAAUCCAGAUACAGAUGGCUUUCUAUAUCAAAAGUGUGAAAAAUUACUAGACUACAUUACGGAUAACUUACCCAAACAUCUCAAAUUAAAAGUAACUGUGGAAUUUAUCACAGAUAACACAGUAGACGAACAAACAACUUCAAUUCUCGCAACUAAAAAGAAACUUGUCAGGUACAAAUUUUUAUUUUCUAAACUUUUAAAGCAAUAUCAACCUUUUUUAGUCAUUAUUGGUAACAGGUCGACUAAUUUAAAUUUCAAAUAUCCAGUUAAGGUUGGCCGUAAAUCUACUACUACCAGUUCUAUUUCAGGUGCAGCUAGCGCUGCAGUAGCUAUGCUGGCUGCGGGAUUACUUCAAGCAAGUGGUGUUAAGAAUGGUUCUAUAAGUGGAAUCAAUGGUAUCAAUGGUGGAAGUACAGGAGGGAGUAGCAGAAGUUCCAUUUCUGGAUCUGCUUCUAGUAGCAAUGGGUCGAGUAAAAAUGAUCAAUUUAUAAUUAAAUUGACUUCUUACAUGAUUAAAUACUUCCCGGUUCCAAUUAUUAUAGUAGGUAAUUCUGCCAAGGGCUCAUUUUCCACUUCUGAAGCUGAGGGUGUAACAUUUGGAAACACAAAAUUAUCUGAAGAGGAAGGGUUGAAAGUUGCAGACGGAGGAGCUGCAGAAAGAAAAGUCUCCUCUGCAUCUAUUGACUCCAUUGAAUCUACAGUUGAUACUGUGGAAGACUUAGCGGCGGAAAAUCUCUCAGAUCAAGUUGAAAAAUUCUUCCAGUCAAAUGCAACAUCCAGAUUUAAAGAUAUGAUUGCCUUGGUUUCAGAUACUUCAUUGAAAGAAUCUAGAGCAUAUUUACUGAAAUUACAGUCUACUUCUACCAAUGGAAGUGAAGAUGGUACAAGUAGUAAUGGUACGUCGAUUAAAUUUGAUCUGGCCGUAUUGAACAACAGCAAGAUUCAUUCUAUUUACAACUCCUCCAAGCAAAAUCUGAGUAGCAAUGAGCCAAUGUACAAAGUUAAAUCUUUGAUUUCUAUUGAUGAAGAAAAACCGUCUAAGAAAAAAUUAGAAAAAGUGAAAUCGAAUGUAUCUACGUCUACAACUACAUCUACUGGUUCCAAGAAGGAUGAGGGAAAGAAAGCACAGAAGAAGUCAUCCUUCUGGAAGAAAAUCGGAGUAAAAAAGUAG